AUGUCGAUGGUCGAGGAGCUGUCGACGAAUAAGCAGCCGACUGAAGUCAAGUCGACCCGUCAUGCUAAUGUUACAGAUACGUUUGAGGCUGAAUCUGAGCAGCAGGAUGAAGAAAAUUCCAACGACGAAGACGAGGGCGAAGAAGAUGAAGGCGCAGCAGCGCUCCAGGGCUCGACUGACGACGAGGAAGGCGACGAGCCACACGAGGCCGUAGGAUUUGGCGAUGCCAUGAGCAAAAUCCUGGGCCAAAAUAUAGCGGAAGACGUCCAGCCGAUUCUCGCCAGGCGCACGACCGCGCGGAUGCGAGAGAUCCAAAGCGACAGGAAGGAGGUCAAGACCGUGCGACUCAGUGCAGCCGAGAAGCGUGAGCGUGAGCAGAAGGACAUGGCGGUGCCUGACCAUACGACGGCUGUGAAGGACCGUACGCUUCGUAUGGUUGCAACAAAAGGAGUCGUGGCUUUGUUCAAUGCGAUCGAGAAACACCAGCAGUUGAAUGGCAAGAAAGAGGACAAGCACGACCACAAGGUCAAGGACAUGUCCAAGGAGAACUUCCUUGGAUUGCUCCAGGCGUCGCAGCAAAAGACAGCAGACAAGUCGGUGGCCAAGACCUCGUGGGCUGUCGUGCAGGACGACUAUAUGAUGGACGCCAAGCUCAAGGACUGGGACAACCAGCACGGCACGGAAAUGGGUCGUGUGCGACACCAAGGCGACGUCGAUGUCGAAGCAGUGGAAGAUGUGGCGUGGAAAACGGCUGCAGAUGCUCUUGAGAGCGAGAAAAAUGAAGAUCCGCAAGACGUUCAAAAGACGACCAAGCGACGAUCUUCGUCGUUAACAGGCAAGAGAAGUACCUGCGGGCGAAAGAAAAGCAAGUGCUAA